UGCCUCUCUUAUCCCUAAAAAAACUCUCUCGCCAGUCCACCCCACCCCGACUCCUCUCCCCACGAUCUCCUUGCCGCCGCCACCACCCUCCAGCUCCCAGCAACUAGUUUCACUUCCAACCCCUCAACCAACCAUCCUCUCGAUCGUAGCUCUCCGCGGCGGCGAUGGCGGUGGAUCUGACCCCGAGGCAGCCGGCCAAGGCGUACGGCGGCGAGGGCGGUGCCUACUACGAGUGGAGCCCGGCCGAGCUGCCCAUGCUCGGCGUCGCCUCCAUCGGCGCCGCCAAGCUCGCGCUCGCCGCCGGCGGCAUGUCGCUCCCCAGCUACUUCGAAUCGGCCAAGGUCGCAUACGUCCUCCAGGUUACGUACACCACCGACCCCAUCUCCUCUCGUGCUCACGCUUCGUUUUGUUUACUGCUGCGUUCGGACGAGUUCGUUCGAUCGAUCGGAGCUGUUUUGGUGCUGGUCUGUUCGGGACCUGAAUUCUGGUCCGUAUGUGGUCGCUGGUUGAUCGAACCUAUUGGUUUUGGUCUCUAUAGUCCAGAUCAAACUCGGUCGUAGAUUGGAAUUAAACAGAGCCGUCUCUCUCUGAAUUGUAAUAUCUGUCCAAUACACGAUGUGAUCAAUUCUGCUAGUUGUUUAAUAAUUUCGUCAGUUUAAGAAAAGCAGUACUGCAGUGCUUUAUUGAAUUUCUGUAGAUCGAACUUGUUGGUUUUAGUCUUAGUUUAGAUCGAACGCACUGGUAGAUUGGAAUUGAGCAGAGUGGUCGCUCCCCUGAAUUAUCUGUCUGAUACACGACGCGAUCAGUUCUGAAAUCGUGCUAGUUGUUUAGUCUGUCAGUCUAACAAAAACAAAUAGUAUUGCAGUAAACUUGUUGGUUCCAGUAUGUUGUUUAGAUUGAAUGCAGUAAAUAGUUUGGAAUUGAACAGGGUUGUCGCUCUCGCAGGUUAUCAUUCGAACACAUGAUGCAUAUCAGCUCUGAACUCGUGUUAUUGUUUAGUUUCACCAGGUUAACUAUCUGCAUCACAUGCCACUUAUUUGGAAUCAAUGUCAACAAUAGUUUGUUCAGCGCUAUAUUAUACCAGUAUACUUCCCCCCCCCCCCACCCCCCCCCCCCCCCUCCCCGGUGCAGCACCGCCGUAUGUAGAAGAAACAUAGACUCAACACACAGUAAGUUCAGACAUGUCAUCACCGAGGGCGUGAGCCAUCUGCCCUCAGGUACUACUAAUUUCAGUUACCAACAAAGACUCAACACACACUAAGUUCAGACAUGUCAUCCCCUCCUGACUCGAUCCCCUUUCCUGAACAAACGGCAGUGCAGCACCGCCGUAUGUAGAAGAAACAUAGGGCUUCAGUUCGUGUUCGAGCCACGAAGAAGAUAGCAAUGUGCGCGACGGCCAAGGGUGCUCGAUUGAAUAACAUGGUUCCUGUCCCUCCUUUUCAGAUCAUCGAAGACUUCUCGACAAGUUGGUGUUGUAUGGCCUGGUUGAGCUCACGGUUAACGGAGACGACAAUUGUCAGUUUUGGGCAUUGUCUGAUCAAUUUUACCGAACUCCUGAACACCGUAGAUUUGUGCGACAACAGGUGGUCAAUCAGGGUUUUGGUGGCGAUGCCGACGGUCGUCGAGAGGUUCAUGGACUGGGCGGUGUUGUGGAUGCCGAUGUACGGAGAGGCGAAGCUGCUGCUUGCCAUCUACCUCUGGCACCCCAGCACACGGGGUGCGGGGCACGUGUACGAUGGCUUCCUCCGUCCGCUGGUGGCGUGGCACGAGGACGACAUCGACCGGGGCCUGCUUGACCUAAGGGCUAGGGCGAGGGACGUGACGGCGUCACAACUCAAGGCGGCGACUGCCAUCGGUCAAGUGUGGCUCAUCGAGGCUGCUCGCUGUGUUUCGUCGCAGCUGCAGGCCGCGAGAUCAGGUCGGGAAGGCGCCGCGCAUUGACGAGUGAGCCAAUUUUCGGAUUGGACCAUAACAACGUGUUUCAGUCUCCGACGUCUAGAAGUAGUGGUAAAGUUUUGAAUUUGCAUGGCAAGAACCACUUACGUAGGUAGCUGACACGCACGACAGUGUGUUUACACUCUUACUUAUGUAAAAGAUAUGAAUUAUACAUGAGUUGCCUCCACAAUGAGGAAUUGCGAUAGUAGAUAUGGCAAUUAUGUGAUAGAA